AUGGGCCGAAUCCCAUCCCACAACAGCCCACCCGCCGGUUUGACAUCCAAGAUGAGCAGCGUCGGGAGCGAGAAGGGCGUCUCCCUUGAGCAGUCCGUCCGCAAGUUUCGCAUUGUCGAGGCCCUGCGAAGCGGCGAUACUGCAUCCAUCUCCAAGGCCAUUCGGGACACCGCCGAAGGUGGCCCGCGAACGAGCAUUUCCUCCAUCAGCACUCUGAGCGGCGGCGGCCUCGACGACACCACCGUGCUGCAUCUUGCGAUUCAAUGCGCCGAGUUCCAGGUCGUCGAGUACGUCCUGUCCGACGGCGCGGGCAUCCUCGAUGUCAACGCGAGAGAUAAGGAUGGCAAUACCCCGCUGCACGUCGCUGCCAUCCAGGGCCGAACUCAGGUUGUCAAGCUUCUGCUCGAGCAGAAGGACAUCAACGACGCCGUCGCCAACUAUAAAGGCCAACUUCCGAUCGACGUCGCCCGAAACCCCGACAUCUUCCAGCAACUGCAGCUCUCGCGCUCGCUGUUCGCCGAAAACAAGGUCAGGCAAAUCCAGAGUCUGAUUGCCCAGAACGACUACAAGGCGUUGGAGACAGUCCUGGAGGAGCCCCGCCUCAAACAGAUCCUCGACAUCAACAGCACCGAGUUUGCGACCGAGCCAACCACAGUCCAGGCUGGCGGAACCCUGCUUCACGAAGCUGCGCGCAAGAAGAAUACACAGCUGAUCCAGGUACUGCUGCUGCAUGGCGCGGAUCCCUUCCGCAGAGAUCGCAAGGGAAAGCUGCCACAGGAUGUGACAAAAGACGACGUUACCAGGGCUAUGCUCAAGCGCUCUCCCGCCGCCGUCGCCGCCCAGAGAGGCAUUCAAGAGAAGGCCGUCCUCGGCCAGGCGGCAUCGCAAGGCGCUGGAGCUGUUGCCUCUGGAGACCCGGUCGCGGGUCGCGAGGCCCGUGAGAUGAAGGGAUACCUGAAGAAGUGGACCAAUUACCGCAAGGGAUACCAGCUUCGUUGGUUCGUUCUUGAGGAUGGUGUCCUAAGCUACUACAAGCACCAGGAUGACGCCGGUUCAGCUUGCCGUGGCGCCAUCAACACCCGUAUCGCCAAACUUCACAUGAGCGCCGACGAAAAGACAAAGUUCGAGAUUAUCGGAAAGUCAUCCGUGAAGUACACCUUGAAGGCCAACCAUGAAGUCGAGGCCAAGCGCUGGUUCUGGGCCCUGAACAACUCUAUCCAAUGGACUAAGGAUCAAGCUAAGGAAGAGGAGCGCCAACGCGCCCGCGGUGCCGAGCUCUUGAGGCAAGCAAAGGCUGAACAGGCUGGAAAGUCGCCGGAGCACUCGAUCAACGACGCGCCCAGUGAGAGCGCCAGCAUGGCCGACACCAGGCGUAGCAGUGUGCAGAUUCCAAGAACCCAAUCGCACACUAAGAUGUCUGUACCGAAGAGCGACUUCGCCGGUGCUAGCACUAUUGCUAGUAAUGACGACGACUUCGCCGACGCUGCCACGGAUGCUGGCAUGUCAAGAGCUGCUGGAAAUGGUCACCACGAUCCGGAUGACGAUGAAGACGAUGAGUUUGAGGAUGUCAGCAGCCGCGAGGAGCCUACAGUCAGCAAAGAUGCGUUCAAUAUCACUGCUCAGUCCGCCAAGCUCCAGCUUGACACUAUUUCUGCCGUCAAUGCGGCAAUGCUCUCCGAGGCCUCAAAGAACCCUACAACCACCGUUUCUGACCCGAAGGUCGCUCAAGCCCUUGCAACCUACGACGCCGCUGUUAGAAGCUUGACGGGACUUGUUGGAGAUCUCAUGCGAAUUUCCAAGGACCGCGAUGCGUACUGGCAGUACCGGCUGGAACGUGAGACCGAUAUGCGUCGCAUGUGGGAGGAAAGCAUGGCUAAGGUUGCCAAGGAACAAGAGAUUCUUGAGGAGCGCGUCGACCAGGCUGAGCAGAAGCGCAAGGCUGCCAAGCGCGCUCUCCGCGAGGUUAUGAGCGAGUCGCCUAUCGGCGCGAAUCAGAAAGAAGGCCAGGUCGACGGCACGACAACUGUUGAGGCAGCAGUGGGAGCCGACGACGAUCUUGAAAUCCCGCCCAAAUCCCCUGACAGGGGUUUGUCCAAGAAGAAGACGGCGCUUGGCCAGAUUGAACUUUCCGACUCUGAAUCGGAGGAUGAAGAAGAGUUCUUUGAUGCCGUGGAUGCGGGCGAGGUCGAAGUCAGUGAGCUGCCUCCAUCUGAAGCUGUCGGAUCACCCCAGGAGGAGGAAAAGCAGCAGCAGCUCGUUGUCUCCGGCGGCAUGGACAUCAGCAGUUCAUUCAAGGGCUACGAAAACGGUAUCAGAACGAGGCUCAAGAUGGACGCCGAUGACAGGCCAAAGAUUUCGCUUUGGGGUAUUCUGAAGUCAAUGAUUGGCAAGGACAUGACGAAGAUGACUCUUCCAGUAUCCUUCAACGAACCGACCUCACUUCUGUACCGUGCCGGUGAGGAUAUGGAGUACGCCGACCUGCUGGAUCAAGCCGCUGAACGAUCGGACUCCAUUGAACGUCUCAUCUACGUGGCGGCUUUUGCUGCCAGUGAGUACGCCUCCACCAUCGGACGUGUCGCCAAGCCCUUCAACCCGCUACUGGGAGAGACGUUUGAAUACGUUCGUCCCGACAAGAACUACCGCUUCUUCAUUGAGCAGGUCAGCCACCACCCGCCUGUUGGUGCUGCGUGGGCCGAGUCUCCGAAGUGGACGUACUACGGUGAAUCGGCUGUCAAGUCCAAGUUUUACGGAAAGUCCUUUGACAUCAACCCUCUUGGAACUUGGUUCUUGAAACUGCGACCUACGGCCGGAGGCAAGGAGGACUUUUACACAUGGAAGAAGGUCACAUCAUCUGUCAUCGGCAUUAUUACUGGUAAUCCUACUGUGGACAACUACGGUCCCAUGGAGGUCAAGAACCACACGACAGGUGAGGUGUGUCAGGUGGAGUUCCAGGCGCGCGGUUGGAAGGCAUCCAGCGCGUACAAGAUUACCGGCAAGGUGCUCGACGCCGACGGCCGAGUACGGUACAGCUUGGGCGGUAGAUGGAAUUCGAAGCUGUAUGCUCGUCUGACCCCUGGGUACGAGGCGACGGUCGAGGAUCCCGGCGACUCGGCGUCCGUUCACAAGGGCAUCUCUUCUGACCCUAACCGGGCGUUCCUCAUCUGGCAAGCCAACCCUCGCCCACCCAACAUUCCUUUCAACCUCACCCCAUUCGUCCUCACCUUCAACCACAUUGAUGACAAGCUCCGCCCAUGGAUCCCGCCUACCGACUCGCGUCUGCGGCCAGACCAGCGCGCCAUGGAGGACGGCGAGUACGACUUCGCGGCUGAGGAGAAAAACAGACUGGAGGAGGCACAGCGUACUCGCAGGAGACGACGUGAGGAGAAUGGCGUCGAGUUCCGUCCGGCGUGGUUCGAGAAGGCGACUUGCGAGAUUACAGGCGAGCCGUACUGGAAGUUUAACGGGAAGUACUGGAAGCAGAGAGAACAGGCAGGACCAGAGGGCGACCCGAACAAGGCAUGGGACGGAUUGGAGCCCAUCUUCGAGAACGCGGACUAG